AUGGACGUACCGAAAAGAGAGCCAGGAGUACUCUCGUUGCACCAGAUUGCUCAAACACACUGUGUCAAACAUGCCCACCUAAUCACAGACGUGGGAACGCUGCCUUACCAUUUGGUGGAGCCAAUACUCAGGAGAAAACCUGCGAGCUCGCUAGCGCAAAUCGAGGAAAAAUGUCCUCAUUUAAUCGAGAAUACCGAGGCCAUAUGGCGUGAUCUUUUAGAAAAAGAAUUUGGCCCGAUAUUACCUAGCAAGGUUGAUGGUGCACAAACGUCAUGCAGAGACCAGUACAUGGCCUUUGAUAAAAACAGGGAGCAACGCAGGGAGCGGGCCGCCAGCAAAUUGCGGAAUAUGACCAAGAAACUGAAUCAGCAAAAGGUGCAAAACUCAAUCACUGCAGUGGAUAUGAUUCCAAGCGCUUCGCGGAUUUUGAAGAAAUCGCCAAAGUUUCACUCCUCGUUAUUGCAGCGAGCAGACUCUAUCAACAAGUCUCGAGGAAAGAUUUUCAACCACAACGUCAAAUUUGUGCGAAACAACACCAAAUCGGUGCUACAGAAGCAGCUGCAGCCGAAGUCCACUAAGUCCUUCAAAUCAAGGUUGCUGUGA